AUGGAAAAGUUUCCCCUCAAGGGCACCAGCAAUCUUUCGAUAUCAUCCGCAGCCACGAAUCAUCCGCUCAGUGCUGAUCACACGUCUUAUCAGUCAGUUGCAAGCAAGACUGGUAAAGGUUCUUCCUCAUCGUCCGGAUCGGAACGUAUCACCACCUCGCUGACGACUCCGGGUGUGCCGGUGUACGAGGCGGACGAGGACGGCAUGAUCGACAUAACGCCCGGAAAUGGUGGCCUAACCAAUCCGAACUACCCUUACUCAUACGCGGCGAACGGUAGCCGACAGGAUGGUGUCGGUGCACCAAGUGGCAGUGGCAACAACGGCGGUGCCGGACAUGGUGGUGCUGCUGCCGCUGCCACAUCCGCCGGUAAUGGUGGAGACGGUGGUGGCCUAUCAUCGCCCACCCAUACACGAUUCGGGCGCGAUUUUCAUCACUCCGAUCAUGAAGAUACAUUAACCGUUUCGUUUUCCGGUAAAAUUGAAGGUAUCUCAUUUGCCGGCAUGACGGACACAAGCGAUGACAUUCCCGGCAUCGGGCAGUACGAUGAUUUCCACACAAUUGACUGGCAGCGUGAUAUCGCGCGCGAUCGUAUGCGCCAUCGGUACAUCGUGAAAAAGCGCCAGGACUCUUUCUGGGAUCUUCUAAAGGGUGCACAUGAUGCCUGGUCGGGAUGGGUGUGUGUACUGCUGGUCGGUCUGUUUACCGGGUGCGUCGCCGGUGUGAUCGAUAUUGGUGCGAGCUGGAUGACGGACCUUAAGUUCGGUAUCUGUCCACAAGCGUUUUGGUUAAACCGGGAGCAGUGCUGCUGGUCAUCGAACGAAACCUCCUUCGACAGUGGGAACUGUUCGCAGUGGUACGCAUGGUCCGAGAUCUUCACCUCGUCCCGGGAAGGGUUCGGUGCGUACGUAAUAUCGUACUUCUUCUACAUCAUGUGGGCAAUGCUGUUUGCGCUUUUGGCCGCAUCGCUCGUACGGAUGUUUGCACCGUAUGCGUGCGGGUCCGGUAUUCCCGAGAUCAAGACGAUUCUGUCUGGGUUCAUUAUCCGCAGCUAUCUCGGCAAGUGGACGCUGAUUAUCAAAUCGGUCGGCAUUAUGCUGUCGGUGUCAGCCGGCCUUAGCCUUGGUAAGGAGGGCCCGAUGGUGCAUAUCGCAAGCUGUAUCGGCAACAUACUGUCGUAUCUCUUCCCGAAGUAUGGCCGUAAUGAAGCGAAAAAGAGGGAAAUCCUAUCGGCAGCAGCAGCCGCUGGCGUAUCGGUAGCGUUCGGUGCCCCAAUCGGCGGUGUACUGUUCAGCCUGGAGGAGGUGUCGUACUACUUCCCGCUCAAGACACUUUGGCGAUCGUUCUUCUGUGCGUUGAUCGCAGCGUUUAUUCUGCGAUCGAUUAAUCCGUUCGGUAACGAACAUUCGGUACUGUUCUACGUGGAAUACAACAAACCAUGGAUUUUCUUCGAGCUUGUACCGUUCAUCGGAUUGGGUAUUAUUGGGGGCUUCAUUGCAACCUUUUUCAUCAAGGCGAACCUUUGGUGGUGUCGGUUCCGCAAGUACAGCAAGCUUGGACAGUAUCCCGUUACGGAGGUGUUGAUCGUAACGUUCAUUACGGCGGUCAUAGCUUAUCCCAAUCCAUACACGCGAAUGAACACGAGCGAGCUAAUCUAUCUCCUCUUCAGCCAGUGCGGUAUCUCCAAUCAGGACCCACUAUGCGACUACAAUCGCAACUUUACCGAUGUCAAUUCGGCCAUAGAAAUAGCUGCUGCCGGUCCAGGCGUGCACAAAGCCGUCUGGCUGCUCAUACUGGCGCUGGCAAUGAAGUUAGUCAUGACGAUCUUCACGUUCGGCAUGAAAGUACCGUGCGGGUUGUUCAUUCCUUCGUUGGCGCUCGGUGCGAUCACCGGUCGUGUGGUUGGAAUUGGAAUGGAACAGCUAGCGUACCAUUAUCCGAAAAUAUGGAUCUUCUCUGGAGAGUGCUCAACUGGAGACGAUUGCAUUACGCCUGGGCUGUACGCGAUGGUCGGUGCUGCUGCCGUGCUCGGAGGGGUCACCAGGAUGACUGUGUCCCUUGUGGUUAUUAUGUUCGAGCUCACCGGUGGUGUCCGAUAUAUCGUACCGCUGAUGGCGGCGGCCAUGGCAUCAAAGUGGGUUGGUGAUGCAUUAGGCAGACAGGGCAUCUACGAUGCACAUAUAGCGCUUAAUGGGUAUCCGUUCUUGGACAGCAAGGAUGAAUUCCAGCAUACAACACUAGCGGCGGACGUGAUGCAGCCAAAACGCAAUGAAACUCUAGCGGUGAUCACUCAGGACUCGAUGACCGUAGACGACAUCGAGACCUUACUCAAAGAGACUGAACACAACGGCUAUCCGGUGGUUGUGUCUAAGGAGAAUCAAUAUUUGGUUGGCUUCGUGCUGCGAAGGGAUCUUAAUCUAGCACUGGCCAAUGCACGACGCAUCAUUGAUGGUAUUACUGGCCAAUCGCUGGUGAUAUUCACCUCGGCCCAACCGGUCCAAAAUCUCGGGCCGUCGCCAUUGAAGUUGAAGAAAAUUCUCGAUAUGGCCCCGAUCACCGUCACGGAUCAGACACCAAUGGAAACGGUAGUCGAUAUGUUCCGCAAGCUGGGCCUGAGGCAAACAUUGGUCACCCAUAAUGGGCGACUACUCGGUGUAAUAACCAAAAAAGAUGUCCUGAGGCAUGUGAAACAGAUGGACAAUGAAGACCCGAAUACUGUUUUGUUUAACUAAGCGCUUAGCUAUUUAUAAUGAUAGAUAUUAUGCUGGCCUCCC